AUCCUUCCCAAGAAACCGACCCUUAAUUGAUAUUUAGAGAGGUCGACCAGUUUCAUUUUGACGGCUAGUAUAUAUGGGUGGUGAAAAGUCCAAAUAUAGGUGAUGAAACGAUGGAUUCUUCGUUGUACUCUCCGAUGCUGUAUGGAUUCGAUAGAGAGCAAGAGAUGUCGGUCAUGGUGUCGGCUUUGGCCCAUGUGGUGGCCGGAGACGAGGCUGUGGGAGGAGGUGGCGGCGACGGCGACGGCGACGACAAUGGCAGCGGUGGCUCUUCAUCUACAUGCAAAAGAGGGCGUAGCGAUAUAGAUGAGCUUGAGCAAUAUGGUGAUUUUCACUUUUGGAAUACCCACUCUAUGCCACCUUCAAAUUCAUAUGAAGCUAGUCAAAACAUGAAUACUUCAACACAAGCAACAGCAACAGCAACAGCAACAACAGCAGCAGUUUACUCCUACUCUCCAACACCUCCACCGCCAUCAGGUGGCAGUGGAGGAGCUUCGAGAAAGUACCGAGGAGUGCGACAGCGGCCGUGGGGGAAGUGGGCCGCCGAGAUUAGGGAUCCCCACAAAGCAGCCAGGGUGUGGCUGGGCACCUUCGACACCGCGGAGGACGCGGCUAGGGCCUACGACGAGGCAGCCCUCCGUUUCCGAGGCAACAAGGCCAAGCUCAACUUCCCUGAGAAUGUCACCCUCAUCCACCACCCUCAGCCUGCAAUGGCCUACUCAGCCCCCUCUGCCUCCCAGCCACAAUUUCAGUGGAAUUGUUCCAGUCAUCAGGAUACUUCAGCCGCUCAUAAAUGACUAGAAUGUUAUAACUCAUCUUUUUUUUGCUGAAUUAGUCACUUUACAUUACAUGAAAUAAAUACUGAAGUUGUUUCCUA